AUGAAACUCACCCUCUCCAAAAUCUGGUCCUACCUGAACGAGGACAUCCGGGAAGACCUCCUCCUCGAAUCCCAACUCCUCCUCCUCUCCUUCGCAACCGGCAUCCAAGACGCCGCAACAUGGCCCGACUACACCUGCUUCGCCUCCAACCAAACGGGCAACACCCUUUUCCUCGCAAUCGGGGUCGCCGGCCUCGCCAAUAACGCCUACAGCUUCCCCAACAUCGGCAUGAGCCUGGGGAUGUUCAUCGCGGGGGGACUGGUCAUGGGCCAGCUGGGGAAUCGGUUCGGGGUCCGGCGCCGGCUCUGGCUUCUGCUGAGCAGCGUCAUUCAGACCGUGCUGGUCUUCGUCGGGAUGAUCGUGCAGUACGCCGUGCCGCUGAAGCAGGAGGGUGCUGCGGCGUUGGGGGUCAUUGCGUGUCUGGCGUUCUCGUCGGGGGCGCAGGUGGCGAUGAGUCGGUCGUUGAAGAUCACGGAGAUCACGACGGCCAUGGCGACGGCGGCGUAUGUGGAUGUGGUGGUGGAUCCGGGCUUGUUGAAGCUACAUAACCGGCUGCGCAAUCGACGGGUGAUGUUCCUGGUGAUGCUGACGGCGGGAUGCUUUGUCGGUGCGUUUGCGCAGCGGGCGGUUAAUUCGUCGUUUGCGAUGUUGUGGUGUGCCGUUGGGAAGGCUGUGGUGACGGUGUCGUUGCUGUGGAAUAAAUCCUUGGAAAAGAGACUGGAGAAGUGA